AUGGCUAAUGAAAGAGCAAGGAAUACAACCUUGCAGAAGAGGAAAGCGAGUUUGUUUAAGAAGAUGAUUGAAUUGAAGUGUUUAUGUGAUGUUGAUUCUUGUCUUGUGAUGUAUGAGAAAGAUGAAGUCCCACCAGAAGUUUGGCCUUCGCCUUCUGAAGCGCAACGUGUGAUGCAAAAGUUUCAAAAUUCAAAAAUUUUGGGUGCAAGUGCUAUGCUUGAUCAGAAAGUUUUUCUCCAGAAAAGCAUAAUGAAAAUGAAGAAGAAUCUAGAUAAAGAGAAAGAGAAAAAUGUAAAAUGUUCGAUGUUAAUAUGCUUGUUUGAUGAGAACGAUCGAGCAGAUUUGGAAGGAUUGAAGGGUUCGAUUGAAAGUGAGAUCAGAUUGGUUGAUCUUAUGAUUAAGGAUGCUUAUGAGAAGGGGAAAAGAGAAGAUAGUUUAAAAACUUUCUUUUAA